GAACCCGCGGACUCGGGGUCCGCCGGGAGGGCGGGGCUACGCGGGACGGGUGGGCGUGGCUGUCUGGCCGCGGGGCGUUGCCACGGCAGCGGGUGAGUGACAGGCGGCGGAAGCGGCGCCAUGGGCGGCUCGGCCAGUCUGCUGCCGCGGGACGCGCUGGGCGAGUACCAGGAGCUGACGUUCCUGAGCAAGCAGGAGAUCCUGCUUGCCUACAAGAGGUUCAGUGAACUGCUGCCAAAGCAGGAGCGGGAGAACGCCUGCUCCGCGCGGGUUCCCAAGAGCCACAUCCUGACGCUGCCUGAGCUGCGGGCAAACCCCUUCCAGCACCGGAUCUGCCAUGUGUUCUCCACCUCGGAGGCUGGGGACAACAGCAUGUCCUUUGAAGACUUCCUUGCCAUGCUCUCUGGGGUCUCUGUGGCCCUGCCAAAAGGUACCUUUCCUGUCCCCACAGACUUUGACGACGAUGGGACUCUGGACAGGAAGGACCUGGAGCAACUGGUGAACUGCCUGACGGGGCAGGGUGAGGAGUCCCGGCUGAGCAGGGCGGAGAUGGAGCAGCUCAUCCAAAACAUCCUGGAGGAGUCUGACAUCAACAAGGACGGCACCAUCAACCUCUCCGAGUUCCAACAUGUCGUCUCCCGCUCCCCAGACUUUGCCAGCUCCUUCAAGAUCGUCCUGUGAGCCCCAUGGCUCACCAACACCACUCCUCCAGUUCCUCCAGCACCACUUGUCCAGUUCCUCCAGCAUCAUUCCUCCAGUUUCUCUACCACUCCUCCAAUUCCUCCAGUGCUCGUCUGGCUCCUGCAGCUCCUUGUGGGCUCAGCCAUUUUUUCUUUCAGAGAACACAGGCCUGGCCCCUCACUGGCCCAGCAAUGCCACAGUGCCUUGGGCAGGAGCCCUCCUGCUUUCCUCUCAGGUGCCUGGCAGUGGGGGGCCCUACGAAUCUGCCUCUCCUGCAGCCCCUCUGCUCUCCCAGCACCAGUUUGACUCCAUAUGCAGUCCAAGGGCAGCUCUGCAGGUGGGGGAGGCUGAGCUGCUCCUGCCUGGGGCCACUCUGCGCCAGCACAGCCCCCCUCCCUGCCCUCGGGACCAAUUCCCAAAUCCCUAAAGACCAAUUCCCAAGUUGUGCCUUCCAGCAGCAGGCAGAGAGCUGCCUCCCUCUCCAGCCUCUUCUCAGCUUCCUCAUCUUCCUGGGAGCGUCCCUGCUGCCACAUGGAUUCAUUUCUGUGAGCAGUAACCCGAACAUGGAUCCUCUGAGCAAUAACCAAAUUCUGGAUCGUUUUUCCUGAGCAAUAACCCAAACGGGGGCCGUUUCUCUGAGCAAUAACCCAAGUGUCACUGUACAGGUGCCAACCCACAGCAGAGCUGUCCCCCCACGGCUGCACAGGACACAUUCCUUCCCCACUGGCACAGCCCACGGGUGUGCAGCUGGACUCCCCCAUGCUGCCUCAGCACUGACCGUUCUCAAAGCCUGUUCUCCUCUUCCUCCCUUUCCCUCUCUGCCCCUCCUCUGGCUCCAGCCCAGCAGCUGCUUGGCUGUGCCGGCCUCUUCCUCCCCCAGCCCCUGUGAGGACACAAAUAAAGGGCUCCGGUUUCACCCUCA